UACAGAAUCGAUAAAGAGUCCAGAAUGGAAGCCAGUCAUAAACAGCUUAUUUAUCUUCGCAAUAAUCGGUCACCACAAGCGCUUGCAACGUGCGACAAGUCACUUUGGGGUUUCAACUGCAGAUGAUCAAUGUUGGACGGAUGGUAUUGCAGAUCUAUUGGCAACAACAAUGCAGAUGCAGAAGGAGAGGACGAUGAAGAUAGUCCCGAGGAAGAAGUGCCUAACUAUAAAGACCAAUACCGCAAUCUCAAACGAAAGCUAAAGUUCCUGAUUUAUGAGAAUGAAUGUUUUCAAGAGGCUUUACGCUCUACACAAAGGAAGCUACUCAAAGUAAACAGAGACAAGAGCUUCCUACUGGAUCGUCUUCUGCAAUAUGAGAAAGUAGAUGCAUCAUUCAGCGAGAGCGAUGAGACCGAGUCGUCGGACGAGGAAGUUGUCCGUCUUGACAAUUCUAAGCGGAAAAAAGUUGAGAUAAAUGUCAACAAUCAUACUCCUCAUCAUCCAUCAGUGGUUACAAAGCCACUCAGUACCAGUAAGAAGAAAAAGAGUACACCAAAAGUUGCUAAGACAAACAGCACACCUAUAGUACAAUCCUCGAAUAAUAUGGUUCCAAUAUCCUUAAUGUCUGAUGGGCAUAUGACGCCGGAGGAAGUAGAGAGACAUUUGGAAUCUCGUCAGACUUACUUGGAACUUGUGCCAGAGAAGGCACCACCCACAGUUCCGACAGAAAUGUUCAGUAAUGAUCCUUCUUUGGACAGCGAAUCAAAUGAAAUCGGGGAACUGGAGACCUCGCCCAGUAAUAUGGGAGAAGAUUGCCUCAGUGUAGACAUGAUGGCGGAGUGACAAACAUUCGUUUAUAGUUUACUCAUUAAUUAUUACGAAGUGCACAUAGUUACAUGUCUCUUUAAGAUUAUUUCACGCGACUAACUCAACUGUAUCCACCAUAACGUAAUACAAAUUUUUAUACAUGCAACAAUAAACAAAAGGCCCGCCACAAAUUCUUACCCUCUUUU